CAGCAAAGCGGAAUAUGCUCUAUUCUCAUUCCUUCCGCACUCACUUUACCUGACUGCUCUGUCUUUUUUUAUAAACUCGUCUUUUUCAUUUCAUCCAAGAGCGCCUUUUUGAGUUUUGAGUUUCUUCACCUGACGCGCUGUCCGUUUUCCUUUUGGACCCGUUUGGAUUUUACGCAUUUUUAAUUCUUCACCUGUAUCAGGACCUCCGGAGCUCCGUGCCCUGGAGACUCGAUCCGAGCCGACAUGGCGCGCUUCUUUCUGCCGUUUCUCCUGAUGUUGGUGUGUGUGCAGACGACUCUCUCCUCCGGAGUCUUUGAGCUGAAAAUCAACUCCUUCUCCAGCUCGCGGGGAGUUUGUCGCUUCCAGACCCGGGAUUGCCAGAUCUUUUUCCGGGUUUGCCUCAAACACUCGCAGGACGUUAUCAACCCGGAGCCCCCGUGCACGUACGGGACCGCGCUCACGGACAUCUUCGGCGCGGACUCCAAAUCCAUCUCCAGUAGCGCGCCCAUCAGGGUGCCUUUUCACUUCAAAUGGCCGGGGACUUUCUCUCUGAUCAUUGAAGCCUGGAACGCGGAGUCUUCAGGUCUUGAGUCUACAGAGAACCAUAACAACCUGAUCAGCCGCCUGGCGACCCGCCGCAGACUCGCCGUUGGAGAGGAGUGGUCCCAGGACGUGGACUUCAGUAACAAGAGCGAGCUCCGGUACUCGUACCACGUGCUCUGUGAAGAACACUACCACGGGGAGGAGUGCUCCGCCUACUGCCGCCCGCGCAACGACACCUUCGGCCACUACACCUGCGACGAGCCGGGGAACCGGGUCUGUCUGGAGGGAUGGACCGGAGAGUACUGCUCCGAUCCCAUCUGUGCGGCGGGAUGCAGUGAACAUGGUUUCUGUGAAUCCCCCGGAGAGUGUGUGUGUCGGCAGGGCUGGCAGGGGCCGCGCUGCGACGAGUGUGCCCGACACCCCGGAUGUCUGCAUGGCACCUGCCAGCAGCCGUGGCAAUGCAACUGCAAGGAGGGGUGGGGGGGCCUAUACUGCGACCAAGAUCUGAACUACUGCACGAACCACAAGCCGUGCCAGAACGAAGCUUCCUGCACCAACACGGGUCAGGGCAGCUACACCUGCACCUGCCGACCAGGAUUCACCGGGAAAAACUGUGAGAUCGAGACCAACGAGUGUGACAGCAACCCAUGUAAGAAUGGAGGCAGCUGCACAGAUUUGGAAGAUGAUUAUUCCUGCGCCUGCCCUCAGGGUUUCUACGCGAAAAACUGUGAGAUUAUCGCCAUGACUUGUGCAGAUGGACCGUGUUUUAAUGGAGGAACAUGUGUGGAAAACGUCUCCGAUGGAUACAGCUGCCGAUGCCCGACCGGGUUCAUGGGAUCAAACUGCGAGAAGAGAAUCGACAGAUGCAACAGCAACCCCUGCGCUAACGGUGCUCAGUGUCUGGACCUCGGUAAUCGAGUCAUGUGCCGAUGUCGCCCCGGUUUCUCGGGCCUUCGCUGCGAAACAAACAUCGACGAUUGCUCCGGCAACCCUUGCCGAAACGCCGGCACCUGCGUGGACGGCAUCAGCGAUUUCACCUGCACGUGCACGCUCGGAUUCACCGGAAAAGAUUGCUCCGUGCGAACCAGUCCCUGCGACCAGUUCCCGUGUGAAAACGGCGGGAAAUGUUUCACACAUUACACCGGCCCUGUAUGCCAAUGUCCAAAGGGUUUCAUGGGUGCUAGAUGUGAAUACAACAAACCAACUGCAACUCCUCCAGAUAAGGAUUCGUCUCCCGCGUUGAUCGCCGCCAUCGCUUUUGGUAUCGUGACGUUAAUUCUGCUCGUUGUUGUUGGCGUUCACAUUCUGAGGCAGCUGCACCGCGGCAGGAAGCUAACGGCUAUCACCCGGUCGGUGAAGAACGACCUGGAGGCGGUGAACAAUCGCAACGCAGUGAUUGGUGGACUACCAGGGUCACCACUGAGGGAAAAGGAGGCCUUCCUCAUACCUGGAGGGCAACUUAAAGUGUCCAAUAAGAACGCAGCGCUGGUGGAGAACGGUGGAGACAGCAUGGGUAUUUUCAGAAACAAGAUGGCAGACUGUAACCUGGCUAAAGACGAGCAACGCCUGGCCAAGUUUGACCUUAAAAAGCGUGACUCGACCAUCAUCGUUCCUCCUCUUGGGUUCGGAAAGGACAGUCUUUAUCAACCGGUUUACAUCAUCCCGGAGAAGAUGGAGCAGUGUGUGUUUGCUACUGAGGUUUAAUCCACACCAACUUUCACGCUGAAGACCUCAAACUUCUACAUCCAGAGGAUCUAUUCUACACAUAAUAUGUUAUUUAAUAUUUAUUACUGCUGCUCAAUGGAAAGAAACAAAAAGAAAAAGGACUUUUUCUGCUUCGAUAUUGAUAAUGAUCGGAUGACAAUGAUUCUGAAAUGAAAAGAAAGAAAGAAGAAGAGAGAGGAGGGAGUGAAUGUCCGGCGUCAUUUGCACUAUUUAUCUUUUUUUAUACUUUUAAAUCUUAAUAUAAUAUCCCUGUCUGUGUAUCUGUAUUUCCUUUGGAUGAAACGUGAACAAGAAAAAUACUUUACAACCAAUCGGAAAGACCGGUGCCUUAGCUUCCUUAUCGUCGUGUGUCCUGUACAAUCUCCUAAUCAUCAGAGGACAUUUUUCUACAAGAAAUG